AUGACGAUACACUUCAACGCAGACCUGCGGCCCAUCGUGAAGGAAAGAGUGGGCAUGCUGCACUGGAUAGUUGACCCCGCGUGUUCUGGUUUUAUCAUCGCGUACGAUCUCGGCGGAAACCAGGUCUUAAUCAGCAAUUUUGACUCAAAUAAACACCCCGCUGAGGCGUGGAGUGAACACCUCGCGCGCGCAACUGUUACGGCUGCAAUAGGAAAGGACAUACCUUUCAAAAUACUCAGCUAUAGGCCUUGGGUGUUGAGUCGAAAAGUUGCAAAAGAGUACAGACGCGGCAACACAUUUUUGCUCGGCGAUGCAGCGCACUCCUUCCCACCAACAGGUGGUCUCGGUCUCAACUCAGGCCUAGCUGAUGCACAUAACCUGGUCUACAAGAUCGCUGCUGUGCAUCAGGGGUGGGCGAAGCCGUCCAUCCUCGACACGUACGAGGCCGACCGACGCCAGAUCGCGCUGGUGGCCUCUUCGCAGAGUGUCAAAAACGGGAAGACCAUCUUUUCGUUUUUGAAAGCCGUGGGUACAGCCGGUAUUGACGAUGUGGACGAGGCAAGAGCGAACAUGUACAAGACGAUACACGACCCCGCGAAAGAGGACUUGAUAGCGCAGAAUGUGGAAGGGCAGCGGGAACACUUUGACAACGUAAGUCUGAAGUUGUGA